CCACCCCACUACCCCCUCAAUAAUAACCCACCCGCUCUGAGCAUCCAUCUGCCUCUCUCUGAGGAGAAGCUUCUCUUUGACAGCCGCUUGCAAGCAGCAAACGUGUUUUCCCAAAGGAUUUAGCAUCCGGUAAAACCAGGAGGCAGCGAGUUUAGAGCACAUCUACAAACCAGUCGACAGGUUGCCCUUUUGAAAAUCAACUCCCCCAACAUGUGGAAACGAGAGAAGAGCACGGGUUCGGCUGCCAGACCAACUGCUCUCAAGAGAAGAUCUAAGACCCCUGGGGUAAUGAUCACACAGUAUGAAAUGAAUCUGCCUGAGGGAAAAAGCACCCCAGAUUUCAUAUCUAAACCAACCCCAUUAACCAUCGACGAAGGGAAAUUAGCUGUUUUCAAGGUCAUGGUGAAAGGAGACCCAAAACCGGAGGUGUCAUGGAAAAGAGCAAAGGGAAAUAUUUUAGACAAGAAGAAAUUUACUAGUAAAUAUGAUGAAUCAACUGGGGAGUAUAUAUUAGAGAUUCACAAAGUGACCGGUGCAGAGACAGACACAUACAAAUGCCAAGCGGUGAACGAAUACGGCAAAGCUGUCUGGACCACAACGCUGACUGUAAACGAGGCUUCGACAAAUCCAGCAGAUUUCAGAAAACUGCUGAGGAAGAGCAAAGUGGAGAGAGCAGAUGGGGAAAGUGAUGAAAAGUUCUGGGAUGCGAUGCUGAAUGCUGACAGAAAGGACUACGAGCGCAUCUGUUCUGAGUUCGGUGUUACAGACUUGCACUCGAUUCUCAAGAAACUUGAAGAGAAGAAGAAGGAGAGAGCACAAAAUAAGUGCAAGGAUGGUGUAAUUCCUUAUGAUGACGAUGAAAUACUGAAAAACGAUCCUAGGAGCACUGGGAGGACAAAGCAUUUCAGCGCUAACAGCCUGAUGCAAAAUGGCACAGGCUUGUACGAAGGGGAUGUUGAAGAGAUCAACCUCCGUAAUGCAGGGCUGAAUCAAACGGGUGCUGAAGAAUUCAACAUUCUCUCUGAAGAGUACAAACUUUCCAAUGUGGAUUUUGUUAUCAAAAUCCAGGAGACUACAGCAAAAGAAAGAGAGGAUGCUCUGUUUGAAUGUGUUCUGACUCAUCCACUACCUAAGAUCACGUGGAUGGGAAAAGGCAGCAACCUGGAGGAUGGAGAAAAAUACAGUAUAACUGUGUCAGACCACAAGUUAAUUCACAGGCUGCUGAUCAGGGACUGCCAGCAGCUGGACAAAGGCAUUUAUUCAGCUGUGGCUGGAAUUGCAACCUGCAGCGCCUGGCUGGUUGUGGAAGCUGAGAGUAACCUUGCCGGUAAGAAGAUAGCUCGUAAAACUACGUUGGCAGGUGGAGCACGGAUUGACCUUGAGAAAGUGGCCAAAGAGCAACAAAUAAAAUAUCGACAGGAGAUGGAGAAGAUUUUAGCAUCUGUAAAAGCAAAGCACGAUGGAGGACAACCGAAAGAAAAAAUGGCACUAACCACUGGUGGAGGAGACGGUAAAAAAUCCGAAAUCAGUGAACCGGAUAAAAAUGCUGGAGGAAAAAAAGGCAAAUCUGACACUGCAAAAGCCAGUGCUCAGAGAAAAGGGAAAACAAAGACCAAAAACUCAAAAGGAGAUGGCACAGCAUCCAAAUUAGACGUUUCAGGGUGUGUAACAAAAGAUGUGCAACUGAGAGUAGAUGACCCCAACAACAAGAAACACACCAAAUCUGGUCGAGUGGAUUUUGACAAGGUAACAGAGUCCAGUGAAGAAUAUGAUGAUACAGAUGAGCCUGAAAUGUCUGCCGUUAGUCAAGAUGAAACGGUUAAAUCCAAUGGAAAUAAAAGCUCUGCUGGGUCUGUCAAGCACCGGAAGAAAACAAAGAAGGUCCACUGGAAAGAACAAACAUCUGAUCCAAAUGAACUAGGAAGUGAUAGUGAACCAAGUGAAAGUGACGAGGAUGAGGACUCUACUGGACAGGUCAAGCAUAUAAAACGGUCCAAACAGCGGCGGAAGUCAAAGGAUGCAGUCGGUGGGAAAAGUAAAGGUCCUAAAGACAACUGCACAUGUGACGAGACUGAGGAUGUCACCGACUCUUCCAGACAUACGAAGCGUAAAAGACAAGGACCACUGAUAGAAGACUUGGUGAUCGACCCGGGUGUACAGUUCAUCUGGGGUUUGUCUGAUGUCAAUGCCAUCAUCAAUGAGACGGCUGAGUUAACAUGCAAGCUCAGCAGUGAAGACUGCGAGGGAGUCUGGUUCAGAGACAACAAAAAGAUAUCCCCAGAUGACUAUUUCUCGAUCACUAAAGAUGGUCCGAUCCAUAAAUUAGUCAUAAUCAAGUGCCAGGAUGAGCACUCUGGGAAAUAUCGUUUUGAGGCAGACGGUCGUAAAACAGAGGCGAUGAUCAACGUUAAAGAUCCCCCCAGGUUUGACCCUGAAGAUCUCAAUGAUUUCACUGAGCCUGUGAUAAUUAAAGUGGGGCACAACGCCAUCUUCAAACUGCAUUUUGUCGGCUUCAAACCCAUAAAAAUCAAAUGGUACAGAGAAGGAGAGGAGCUCCAUGAGGAUACCAAUACAAAAAUAGAAAACUCUGAGAGUCACACCCGCCUGCUGCUGAGCAGGUGUCAGAGGAAGGACACAGGAGAGAUCAAGAUAAAGCUCAAGAACGAACAUGGCUUCACUGAGGCUGUAUCGCAGCUCAUUGUGCUCGACAAACCGACUUCCCCCCUGGGUCCUGCAGAGGUAACUGAGAGCUCAGCUGCAGGUAUUGAGUUUAAGUGGCGGCCUCCAAAGGAUGACGGUGGCUCACCAGUCAUUAACUAUAUAAUGGAGCGACAGCAGGUGGGACGAAACACUUGGAAGAAACUCGGGGAAAUCCCAGGCGUGCCGUGCUACCGUGACACAGACGUGGACCGUGGACGGAAAUAUUGUUACCGCAUCCGAGCAGUGACAGCAGAGGGAACGAGUGAAGUGAUGGAGACUGAUGAAAUGCAGGCUGGAACACUUGCUUUUCCAGGCCCUCCAGCACCUCCGAAGGUGGCCAGUGCCUUUGAUGACUGCAUAAACCUUUCAUGGGCUGCACCGAGUAACACCGGCGGUUCCCGUAUUCUGGGCUAUAUUUUGGAGAAACGCAAGAAGGGGAGUAACCUCUGGACUGUUGUCAAUGCCAUGGAUGAGCUAAUAAAAGAGAAGAAGUAUGCCGUGAAGGAUGUUGUGGAAGGCAUGGAAUAUGAAUUCAGAGUUACUGCAAUAAACCUCUCAGGACCUGGUGAAUCUAGCAAUCCUUCAGAGUUUGUUUUUGCAAGAGAUCCUAAAAAGCCUCCUGGUAAAGUUACAGGCCUGAAGGUUACAGAAACUUCUUACACUCACUUUGUCCUGACUUGGACCAAACCCGAGGAGAAACCAGGGAUACAGGAUGAAGCGAGAGGAUACUUUGUUGAAAUUCGGCAGGCGGAUUGCCUUGAAUGGUCCCGCUGUAACAGCACCCCCAUCAUCAUGACUUCCUACAGUGUGAAAGGCCUUAAGUCCAUGGACAUGUACUGGACAAGAGUGAUUGCAACUAAUGAUGGAGGGGAGAGUGUCCCUGAGGAGAUGUCCAACUAUGUCCUCGCAAUGCCCUCACCUGUGAGGCCAAAAUUCACCAGCAACAAGAUGAAGACUUUCAUAGUGGUGAGGGCUGGAAACUCUGUCAGGAUCACAGUAAACUUCGAGGCCUCGCCUCGGCCAGAUAUCAUGUGGCUGAAGGACAACGUGCCGGUGACAAAGCGGGUUACAAUCAGUAACUCCGAUGACUCUUCCCAGCUGCUGAUUCCUUCUUCAGAGCGUUCUGAUUCAGGAAUCUACUCCAUUCUGGUGAAAAAUCUUGUUGGACAGGAGACAUUUAGUACAGAAGUCAGGGUCACAGAUGAUCCAAAGCCUCCUGGACCGGUAGAACUGGAGGAGAACGUGCCGGAAACUGUGACAGUGAUCUGGCAACCUUCUCCUGAUGAGAAGCGUGACGACCGUCUCCACUACACAGUGUCCAAACUGGACUCGACUAAACGUACAUGGUCCACAGUGGCUGACAGACUCUUCAAUAACAAGUUUACAGUGUGCAACAUAAUACACGGGAGGGAAUACCAUUUCAGAGUCUAUGCCAAAAAUGACAUGGGCAUAUCUGCACCUUCGGAGUCACCGACCUGGGGGAUGGAGAAGAAAAAAACAAAGUUUGCGAUAAAUCUACCGACCAGGAGGGACUGUGAUUUGCGAUGUGCUCCAAGCUUUAUUGUGCCGUUGAAGCUUCACAGCGCACCCAAAGGUUACGAAUGCCACAUGAGCUGUGCGGUGAAGGGAAACCCAGCACCUCGCAUCACAUGGUACCGAAAUCACGUCAGUCUAAACACGAAUACCAAUUAUUACAUCUCCAACACCUGUGGAGUUUGCUCCUUGUUGAUCCUCCGUGUGGGGCCCAAAGACAUGGGAGAGUACACAAUCACCGCAGAGAACAGCUUAGGACGAGCUCAAUGCUCCACCGUCCUCAGUGUCCAAGAGUGAAGAAACACAGAGUGCCUCCCUAUUUUACGAGCAAUGUUUAUUUUAAAGAUGAGCUUUCUAAUAAAGGAUGAUUGAAGUGACUGUGCUGCUUGCAACCUGCUGCACUGUGCUUUUAUUGGACUGCUACUGAUAUUAAAAUAAAUCAAGUUCACUAUUAAAACACUGCA